AUGCAUGAAAUCAUCACCUUACAGCUCGGUCAGAGAGCCAAUUACCUGGCCACACAUUUUUGGAACCUCCAGGAAUCUUACUUCACCUACAACGAGGAAGAGGAAUCUCCGGUAGACCAUGAUGUCCAUUUUCGCCCAGGCGUCGGCGCCGAUGGGUCGGAAACAUACACCCCUAGGACUGUCAUAUAUGAUCUCAAAGGCGGCUUUGGCACACUCCGCAAGUACAACGCUUUGUACGAGUUGACUGAAGAUGCCACUCCUGGCCAGGGCUUAUGGGAUGGAAGGGAGGUUCUACAACAGCAAGCGCCUAUUCCCCAGAGUGACUAUCAGAAGAGCCUCGAUGCAGGGCUACCUGCUCCAACGCUCUCUGCAGAAACAGUCAGGUAUUGGUCGGACUAUAACAGACUCUUCUAUCACCCUCGCUCUAUUGUACAGCUCAAUGACUAUGAGCUGAAUUCCAAGAUUAUGCCUUUCGAGGAUUGGACCAUUGGCGAAGAACUGUUUAAUGAGCUCGACAAAGAGCAUGACUUGCUCGAUCGUGACGUCAGACCAUUCGCAGAAGAAUGCGAUCAGCUGCGGGCACUGCAAGUAUUCACCGGUUCUGACGACGCAUGGGGCGGCUUUGCUGCAAAGUACAUUGAUAGGAUUAGGGACGAAUAUGGCAAGAAGUCCGUCUGGGUUUGGGCCAUCGAGAACGGAAAGAAGGUCGAUCGGCAAACUCAGUUCAAGAGGGACUUGAACAAAGCUCGGUCUGUACACGCCAUCUCCACACAGGCGUCGCUGUAUGCGCCCAUUAUCGAUCCUCCAAGUAGAAUCCCUCAAUCUAUAUAUCUCGAUGCUCGGUCGGAAUGGUACACCUCGGCCCUGGUUAGCGCCGCCAUGGAAAGCGUGUCGCUCCCGACACGACUGCGUCCAUAUCACGACUUUGAGGCGUCCCUGGCCGGUGAUGAUGGCACCCAUAAGAUAUUCGAGCUGCAAAGUACAAUGGUGCAGGAUGGUGAAGAUGCCGCAAACUCACCGAUCAAAACGGAAUUCGACCUGGACUUCACCUACGACGGGCUGGCUUGCAAAAAUUCCCACCAUGUCUUCAACCAGCUCCAAGUUUCACGGGGACUUGCCGAUGGGGGAGGUGAGUCGGGCGGAGAGGAUCAGGGUAUCCUCCGCAGAAAACGACAUUUUAAUUCAGAACCAAUGUUCCAGAGGUUCCAUACGACCCUACCUUUCCCGAUUCUGGACAGCUUCCCCCAGAAUAUGUUCCCAGAACUCAAAUCGAAGGAGAAAAUCAAUAUCCUUGCAGCGUUGACUGUCUCUUCGCGAACGGCGGAGAGACUGAAAGUCUAUGAGACAUUGGCUGGGCGCGUGGCUGGAGUGGAUGAGCGGGAAACUUUGGUGAAUGGGCUGGGCGAGAUCCGUGAGACAUACGAGACAGGAUGGAUGAGCGAUUCUGAUUUUGAUGAUGACUAG